AAACCAGCGAACAAAAAAUCGGACGACGCCCUAGCUCCCUCCGCCCGCGGGUCGCCCGCUCCCUCGCGCCCCUGUUGCUCCCUCCUCGAUCCCGAUCUGGAUCGAGGGGACGAGGAGCUCCUGCCUCCCCGACGGCCGACCUCCUCCUCGCCCCGCCGCUGCGUCCGGCGCCGCCACGGCCUCUGGAGCCAGGGAAGCCAUGGCCUGAGCUCGGCCUCGAGGUCCCCGCCGCCGUCUCCUGCAGCUUCUGCCCCGCCGCCUCACCGCCCGAGCUCGCCGUCGCACCAACCUCGGCGCCGCGCCGCCGCCGGCUCUGGUCGCCUCCACCUCCGCGCCGUGAGGAACCCGCCACACGCGUCAAGGCGAGGCGCCUCCUGGGCUCCGUCCGUUUCCAGAGCGAGCGCCCGCGAAUACCUAGCUAGCCGCCGCCGUCGUGACCGUUCCAGCCACCGCCAAGGCCACACUUCCUCUUCCACCUCCGCGUACUCCUGGUUGCAGCCCCAGCUCUUCACGGGCAGGGAGAGAAGGGGGGCAUGAUCGGCGGGGCAGAGUUCUUUCGGAAGGACAGCGUGGUGGGCAACAUGGACGGAUACCUCAGCUACCUGUCCCUCGAGUAUGACUUCGUCUCGGACACCAAUCCUGCUUGGGUAUCUUCAUUUUGGAAGCAGGAAUCCUUUCCUCAUAAGAUGGAUGAGCUGUAGUAUUAGGAAUUCAUGCCUUCCAGCUCUAAUUUUUUCGCAUUGUUGGUGUAUGCUGGGAGUCACAUUAUUAUGCUGCUAGCAAACAGUAGGAUUGGAAGUCUUACUCUGUAGGUUAGUAAUAUCUUUUCCACUAUACCGAGGUUCAGCAAUUUAAUUCGUAUUAAGGUCACACAAGCAGUUUGGUUUUCAGAUUUGUCUUGACAAACAUAUUUGGUUCAGCAAUUUAAUUCAUAUUAAAGUCACACAAGCAGUUUGGUUUUUAGAUUUGUCUUGACAAACAUAUUUUGCAGAUUAUCCUCACAUAUGAAAUUGAUUUCUGCAAGUUCCUUUCACUUCUUAUUUAUUUCUUCACUUGGUUAUGAUGUACUGCUAUUCGUUUUCAUGAUGAUUCAUGCGUUUUGUAGUUUUCACUGACAGAAUCUUGUCUUGAAACAAGAUUGGUUCCCAUUGUUACAGUGAAGUAGCUACCAAGCAGCGAGGCCAUCGAGUGACACGAGACCGCGGGACGGCGUGAGAAGAAGCAGGGGGUGUCUGGCGGGAUGGAGAAGACCACAGGGAAGUGUGGCGAUGGAGUGCAAUCCCGAAGAAGAAGAACAUUGCAAAGAAAGACCCUGGCCAAGUGCCACCCAAUUCUCUUUCACCGACCCAUCUAAUGGCCAUCAAUUCAAUUGGUCCAAGCUGUUGUGUUGACCUUCCCAUUGAUCCACUACAUCCUCGCUCAGCUGGUUCUGCUAUGUUUCUUCUCCAUGGCAUUGCUGGUUGCCGGCGUGCCUGACAUCGCGCCUUAUGUGACGUGACAUGAUGCUCCUCUACGUGUUCUUCUCACCCCGGUUUCCAUGAGGAGAGAUGUUGUUCUGUGGUUCUGUAGUUCUACUCCAUAGCAAUGAUGGAGUCGCCUCCAUAUGGAUAGCAAUUAUCUCGGGAUCAUGAGAGCUGUCUACGCAACGGCCAGGGGGCAUAUGCUUCUCCUAGCACUAAGACCUCCAUCCUAUUUGAGCCAGAAUGGCUUUGGUGCCCUCUCUCGCUCAUUGUGAGGCCGUGCAUGCUUGCCAUGUUGUGGCUACGAAAUCUCAGACUGAGUCGCUUCGGUCGGGCACUAUUCAGGUACAACUCACUUUCCUCCACCAUUGUUGGUUGCUGUGCAUCACAGGCUUGACGAAAUUUCAUUGAUGGUGUCGAUCUUGCUCUUGCUAGACCCUCCUUGUUAUAAAUCAUUAUUGGAUUCUAGCUAGGGCCUUAGGAAUUGAUAAUUUCUUGAUUGUAUCGCUGAAAAUGUAGUUCUUACAAGAUUCUCAUUGCCAAAUUGUUAUGGCAGCAUGAGUGAAAAUAUGUUCCUUUUAAAUGCUUAGAUUCUAUAGAGACCUAUGAUGUAUAUCCUAAAUUACUGUAUUGUGUGCUUUUGUAAAAUAAACUGUAUUGAUUCAAUUUAUAUAUUUAGUACAAUGGUUUUGCUCACAUCACAAAUAUCUAACAACAAGAGUGAUUACUGAAAGCAUAAAAUAUAUUUCAAUUUCUAGGCCGCUACAUUAUUUUGAAACAUGAGCUUUUUUAAAACUGAGUGUUUGACGUAGCUUGUUGUUAUUGUCAAAAUGAAAUAGCGAGUAUAUAUUUGUUGCUUUUUGUUUAGGAAAGUGAAAAAAACAAGAUGCCGUUUGUAUGCCAGGAAUGGCAUAUGUGAACGACUCAAGUGGUAGUUUUUAGGGUAGGGGCAAGGGGCAUUUUUUAUAAACUGCCAUGGCAGUUCUUUAAUUUAGUGCAAUUUUUUGAGAAACAGCCAUCCACAGGAUCUUGAUUGUGCGGUUCUGUGUGUGUUCACUGGGACCUCAUCACCAGCGAACGUUCGCCGGGUAUUGUUCAACAUGGCUCUAAUGAUUCAAUCAAAUUUCAUUGCAAAGUAUACUGGACCAGGCUUUCCUUCUUUCUAAUGCGGUGUUAGUUGGCAUUAAGUUGUGAAAUCCAAAUCCAUACAUUUACAGUUCUUGUUGUUCUAAUUACACAAGUAUUUUCACUUUUUUUUGUUAACUAAUCUUCACACCGAACACCAUCUCAGUAACCAGACCUGAUAUAGUACUUAGUUUUGGCAUUAGACACAACAACUUUGACAUUGAUAAUUUCCUCAUAUAUUUAGUAGGACAAUAAACUUGUCUAGCAUUUCAUUAUGAGUUGCAGGCUCUGAAAAUAAAUGUAUGUGCCCCCUAAAUGAUCAAACGUGUGGUUUUGGAAUUAUGCAUGCUGACAUGCAUUGGCAAUCAUUAUUCAACAGUAUUCCUUUUCACUGAAAUAUAACCAUGUAAUGCUUACGAUUUAAUCUGGUUAUCUAGACAACUAAAUGGGUUAAUGUUAUGCUUAGUAUCUUUUGGCAUAUGUAAUGCAUGGAAGGAAACCAGUGUCUUUUGAUAGGGAUUUCUGGAGGUAACACGCCUCUGACUGUAUGCACUGAAUUUCAGAUGCUCUGUUUAGAAGAUGUCUUCUUCAGUAGUACUACAUAUUUUUAUGAUUUCCUGUAACUUGCUGAUAUGGCACUGGUUUGCCGCAUGGUGUGCUACAACUACACUCCAGGGGAAUAUUUGUUCAGAAUCUUCAGUCUUGUAAUUUUCUCCUUGAUGACAAUGACCAUGCUGUGCUGGGGGAUUUGGGAUUCCAUCCUUGCUGUUUGGACUUCCGCUGCCAAAUCCAGAUCUUAUCCAAAGACUUGGGACUCCAAAUUACAUGCCCCAGAACAUUGGCGACCAAACAUCAGAGGCCCAAUUAGUUACGAGACUGACUCAUUGGGGUUUCCCUUGGAGCAUUCUUGAGAUGUUCAGUGGCGUUCAGACUUGGUGUGCCAAAUCACCAGAUGAGAUUUAUCAGUCAGUUGUCCUGAAGAAAGAGAAACCGAUGUUCCUGUACAAUUUACCUACGGAGGUCGCUAAUGUCCUCUCUGGCUGCUAUGAGUAUGAAUUUCAGGAUCACUCCUUGAUGUUAGAUAUCUUACAGUCAUUUGAAAUGUAACAUGCUAAAACUCUGUUUCUGCUUCUGCCUUGUUAACUUACAUAAUUUGGUUAAACUGCCAUGGAUGGGUGAUUUUACCAUAUUUCAUUUUCAUAUUUGCUUAUAUUAUAUUGUACAAACUACAAGCAUUAUUGAAGUUUGUCACAUGAAAGCAUGGAACUGCUUUCUUAGCUGUGUCGUUUAUAGUCAUAUAUGGUCAAUGCAGGUUUAUUUUCCUCCAGAGCUUACUUUUACUAUGUCCUGGUACUGGUUUUCUCUGCAGGUUUCUCUACAUUAGCUUUGUGUAUUCAAAUUUUUUGUUCCUGACAAGAAGUGCAUUGCACAUGCACACUUAUAUGAACAAGCCUUACAUGAUUUGCUCUUUUACUGAUGGACUGAGGAGGUCAGAGAUGUAUAACAGCCGUAUUGAUCCAAAUGACAAGUACGGCAGUGCUAACCUGCUUACCUAGAAUUUUACCACAUCCUAAGACUUGCAAAUCUGUAUAAUAGGAAUGGCUAGCUGUUUUCUGGUCUACAACCGUGACAUCUGGUGGCAUCUCUCACCAUGUCUGCACAUAGUGUUUAGUCAUGAUUCUUGCAUACUGUCGAGUCUCGAGAAGGGCGUGACAUUUUUUCCUGAACUGAUUUCUAUUUUUUUUUUGCUUACCGGUUGAGCUCGGUUUCAACUCUUACCUGAGUAGUUGAUAGGAAAGCCUGAUGCAGGUGUAUGGAAAUUAUGCAAUUCCAUGAGGUUUGGAGUUGUCCAGUAUACUACUGAGGCCUACAUAUUUUGCUGAUGCAGGUUGGAGGUGACACAUGAACGCUGGCAACGCAAAAUAGCAGAUAUAAAAUAACUGCAGCUCAGGCCAUGUAGUUCUACAACAACCAAGGAAGAAGUCCGUUUUUUAAGCCGACCUUGGCCAAGCAUUUAAGCUUAUAUGGUUGCUCUCUAUUUUUCAGAGGUGCGUGUACUGAGGACGCCCAUGAUUUAGGGCCAAAAAUCUAGACAAAGUGACAAAACUUUGUACGAGACUUACUUGAAGCCAAGGAGGUCAGGGGAGGAGGACAACAAGGCUGGGGAGCGAGGCGGAGACCGACGGGGAAGAGAAUGAUCAAGCAUGUAAAUCUAGAGCACAAGCUCGUGAUUUAUCAAGGGAGUGGCACUGCCGCCGGAUUAGAAAAUCAUAUCUCACGUUAAGGUGCUGGGGCAGCUUCUUCUUCAGAGAUGUUUCUAGGUCUGUUGAAUCCGCAUGUCCCACAUGGAAAAUUGCUAGCUGUGGUGCUUGUGGCCGCUUGGACCUCCAUUGCUGCUGCUGGUUCGUCGCCUAGUGAGCAGGCAUGGAGCAGCCAGAAAUCUUUCAAUUGCAUGCCCUGCUCUAUGACAUACGUUUCUGAUGCAUAUCCCGGCACCUUGACGCCACCGCUUGCUCAACAUAUUGACUUAGCUGACGUACCUGAUUCUUCUGACUUGUGCAAAGGACUCACUAAUGACCCUGAUGUGCCUGUGCUUUUGGAAUCGCACCGGCAACUUGUUGGUGAAGGUUCCCACCGCCGUCUUGUCUAUUCCAUGAAAUUUGGUAACAGCGAAGAUACUUUGGUAAAAUUCCUUGAUGGCUAUGAUGCGAAUCUUGUGAUAAUUGAGAGCCUCCCUAGUGGGGUCUUUGUUGACCCAUUCGAGCUACAUCAUUUUGUUGAACGAAAAGUUUUUCUUGAUGUUGCUGUUUUUGGAGACACAAACCUGGAACUCCCCUCAGCUCUGUCCAACCGGUCAGCUGUUGAGAUUCAUUUUGAUCUCAAGCCAAGCACAUCAAUGAACUGUAACCUUGUGAUGGAGCUUCCUCUCCAUGCUAGAUACCCACCUCUCGACGCCAGUGGUUACGCAAGGGUUGAGUUGGUCAGCCCUGACCUGCUCCUGCGUUACAGAAGAAAGGAAACCCAUCCUGAUUCCUGCCUGUGGAUCCUCCAGAAUCUCGACGCCGCGCCUGUGGAGAAAGCCACGUAGCGCAUACCCUGUGGCGACGAGGCGCACACAGGAUUUGUAUCUAGCCUCACUUUCAUUUUGGCUCUGGUUUGCUCCAUGUCCAUAGUCCUAGCAGCCUCCCUUGUUUCUUGAUGCAAGUACUGGAAUCGCGAGGCAUGAUGCAUUGGUCUACUUCAAAAGUCAGAUUGCUCUCACAGGUUUUUGCACGUCCAUAUUCAGAGGAAACCAAGUACGGGAAAAAGAGCAUCAGUUGCAUGCUUGGUGUUUGCCCAAUGUUUUUGGCAAUCUUUUAAAGAACUAUGUGGUUGUAAAUUGCCUAGCUUACAUCCUGCUACUUGGUCACAUGACUUGCUUGAUAAUGCCUUUUGUCCACAGGAGCUCUGUCGUGCUAUCCUUUGCGGCAUGUGGGCGAUCUGGACCCUCAGAAAUAAAAGAUACCAUGGGGAGAUGGCAUCAGAUAUGAUCCAAACAUCAAAUUCUGAUGCAAAGGAGAAAGAAGAAGCUAGAAUCAUUAAAUGGAAACGCCGCCCUGUAGGUUUUGUAAAGGCGAAUGUUGAUGCAUCUUUCAAUUUGGAUACUCGACAAGGAGCCACAGGGGUGAUCAUUCGGGAUGACCAGGGUUGGGUUAUUGCAACAAGGAACAAAUGGUGUGAAGCCCUCCCUAAUAUUAUCACUGCUGAAGCUCUUGCUCGCGGGGACGGAGCAGAUCUAGGGUGCAACCUGGACCUGCUGAAGGUGAUUAUGGAAAUUGAUAGCCUUGAGUUGAUUAAUUUGUGGCGUAGUAGGAACGUUAAUAGUUCGUGUAUCCUCCCUAUGGUGUAUCAAAUCCAAGAUCUUGCUAGGGUGUGUAUAUCUUUUGAGCUUAAU